AUGGCGAGGCCUGGCACUGCAGCUGCUCGACCUGCACCUCCAAAGCUAAAAAGGAAGCAAAUAGCGGUGACAGAGGUUGCACCACAAAAUGUGGUUCUGAUCAGUGAAACUAUCGAUAAGGAGAAAUCAGCCAGAGGAGAACUUUCUUGUGGAGGAGAAGAAGAAGCUCUGCCGGAUUUCCGUGCUACAGAAAUUCUUGAGCCCAGCAAUGAACAAAGAGGAGGUUUAGUGCAAAAAAUGAUCGAUACCACAACUGUGCUGAAGGAGACGAAUCUGAACGAUACCGGUGCGGAGGUGGACGAAGGGACGAUAGCUCGAGAAAAGCUAAAGACCGAGGCAUUUUCGAACUCUCUGCAAACUGUAACGAGAACAGUGUAUCCGUUAUCACGUAUCUUCGAUUUUGCACAGGAGGAUCUGGAACUUAUGAUAAAGGAGUUGGAUAGAUGGCUGAAUGAUGCGAAAAAGUGCGAGAGCUCACUAAAGGCCAAGGAUGCUCAAGGGAUAGGAGAUAGCCACAAGUUAUCCACCGUUCUGGAAUCGCUCGAUGAAGACGUGAAAAACAUGCGCUCAAUGGUGAACGCCUCCAAAGCAAGAAUUGCGACGAAUAAUCGUCGAAUACAAGAAAUAUUGAGUAAUAUAUAA